AUGAUAGCUGGGAGGAUUGGAAAAUGGAUUCUAGUGUUUUCAGAGUUUAGCUUUCAGUAUGUGCCUCAUAGAGCGAUCAAGGGGCAAGCAAUUGCAAACUUCUUGGUUGAGCACCAAGAAUCCCAAGAUGAGAUUAUCAAUAUCUUGGGAACUCUUGAGGUAGCCAGAGCCGGGAUUGUUAUCAUUGAUCCUAAGGGUGCUUACCAUUUUUAUUCAUUCCUCCUAGACUAUCAAGAGACUACUAACAACUGGGCAGAAUACGAGGCAUUGAUAAUUGGUCUGGAGAUCUUGAUAGAGUUAGGGGCAACUGAAGUUGAAGUAUUUGGUGAUUCAGACUAUUGGGGCACUGAGAUAUCAGUCAACCAUAUCCCGAGAAGAUCGAAUGCAGUUGCUAAUGAGAUGGCACAAUUGGCUUCUGGAGCGUUGAUCCAAGAAAGAAAGUAUAAAGGGGACAUAGAGGUUCAGAAAAGAAAUCUCCCUUUUAUCUUUGAAAGGGGAUUCAACCUAGAUGUAAUGAUUGAAGAGGUGGAGGAAGAAUCAAUGAGGGUAAUGGCCAAAGUACAUGAAGGGAUCUAUGAAGCACAUCAGGCGGGAACCAAUAUGAGGUGGCUACUUAGGAAUAUGGCUAUUUCUGGCCAGAGAUGGAGAAAGAUUGCAAAGUUUAUGCCUGAGGGUGCGAAGAAUGCCAAAGACAUGGACCUCUCUAACAUGUGCCUUCAAUACCCUUAA